UUUUGCUCCCGGAAGUUGUUCACCGAAAUGACACAUUCACACAUAUAACAAAAUUCAGAAAUUACGUGGAUUCGACACAUUCACACAAUAUAUUUGACUAUUUCCGGCUGUCAAAAUAAAAUAAAAUAAAAUCUGGAGACGUAAGCAAAAUUCACUGAGAUACUUGGUUCUGGUUCAUUGCAGUAAGAUAGCAUGCCCCUGACUGUUCAGCCUGAAGUAAGAGAUGACCAGUAUGUGUUGGUGGCCAGCUUGGAUAACGUCAGAAGCCUUUCCAACAUCUUAAAAGCCAUCAGUUUCAAAGACCACUCUCUCUUCACAGCCACACCUAAUGGGCUAAAAGUUACCGUGGAAGACUCCAAGUGCUUGCAAGCCAAUGCUUUUAUACAGGCUGAGAUCUUCCAGGAUUACUUCAUAAAGGAAGACUCAGUUGGAUUCACAGUUAACUUGACUGUCCUCUUAGACUGCCUCACCAUCUUUGGAGGAAAUGUUGUGCCAGGAGUUACAACUGCUUUGCGGAUGUGCUAUGGUGGCUAUGGCUACCCCCUGACCUUGUUCCUUGAAGAAGAGGGAGUGGUAACAGUGUGCAAAAUAAACACCAUGGAGCCGGAGGAUCCUAUUGACUUUGACUUCUGUAGCACCAACGUCACCAACAAAGUGAUUCUGCAGUCAGACAGCCUGCGGGAGGCCUUCUCUGAGCUUGACAUGACCAGCGAGGUCUUGCAAAUCACUAUGUCCCCAGAUAAACCUUAUUUUAGACUAUCUACGUUUGGGAAUGCAGGAAGUGCCCACUAUGACUAUCCAAAGGACUCGGACAUGAUGGAGUUCUUUCAGUGUAGCCAAACACAGACAAACAGGUAUAAAAUGUCCUUAUUAAAACCUUCCACCAAAGCGCUGGCCCUGUCCUGCAAGGUCUCAGUGCGGAUGGACAAUCGUGGGUUCCUCUCUCUGCAGUACCUGGUGAGAAAUGAAGACGGCCAAAUCUGCUUUGUGGAGUAUUACUGUUGUCCAGAUGAGGAAGUUGAGGAACCUGGAACAUAGUAGUCUAUUUAUUCCUUUUCUUUUAGCCCUGCAAAGUUCUUUUCCUGAUUCUGUUCAUUGUGUUGUUUUCAAAGAUAUUGCUGUCAUAUUUUUCCAAUUGUAAAUCUCUUCAUGGCAGUGGUGAUUCAAGCAAAUUGUAAAGUUAUGUUUCACUUAAAAUAUUUUUGUAUAAAAAAACGCUGAAAUAAAAAAGUCUUAAUUUUUGCAAA